GAGACAGUGUCAAUCACAAAACUUUCAACAAGAUUGUAUGCACGCAUAAACGAUCUUGGUUGUUAUGGACUUGAGUCACAUCUAUAAAACAGACUGGAUGUGACCCUGUGACCCCUGGUUGCCAGGGAGAGAGCGGUGGGGCCAUGGCUGCUGGGGCUACGGUCGGGGAGAGCCAACUACAGAGGAUUAUCCGAGAUCUGCAUGAGGCUGUUGCAGAGCUUGCGAAGGAGUACAUGGAAAGUGGGGAGCCGAUCACUGACGACAGUAUCAACCUGCACAAAUUCUCCUACAAACUUGAGUACCUGCUACAGUUUGACCAAAAGGAGAAGACCACUUUUCUUGGUACAAAGAAGGAUUUUUGGGAAUACUUCACUGAGUGUCUGGCCAAAAUCAAAGGAGCCAAUGAUGGGAUCCGCUUUGUCAAAUCCAUCCCUGAGCUGAAGACAUCUCUGGGGAAAGGACGAGCGUUUAUCCGUUACUCCCUCGUACAUCAGCGACUUGCUGACACCCUGCAGCAGUGCCUGAUGAACCAGAGGGUCACCAGUGACUGGUAUUAUGUAAGAAGCCCCUUCUUGAAGCCCCAUCUUAGUGUUGACAUAAUAAACCACUUGUACGAACUCAAUGAGGUCCAGUUUGAUGUGGCUUCCAGAGGUCAUGAUCUUGAUGCCUCCUGGCCCACUUUUGCCAGGAGGACACUGGGAAGUGCAAACUCACCUGGCCACAUGUGGAAACCACCCAGUCGCAGUUCCAGUAUAAACAGUCUUGCCAGCACCUACUCCCAGCAGCCACACGAGUUCCCCUCCAGCCCUGACUAUGGCCAGAGUCUGCUGAAUGACCUGAACGAGUCUCUGCCUGCCUUCACCGAAGAUGCCGGCACAGCUGAAGACCUUCGCCUGGAGCUGGACCAGUCAGAGCUGAAGCAGCGAGAGCUCCUAGAUAAGGUGCGGCAGCUGGGCGAAGAGGCUGCUGAGCUCAGGGGCGUAGUUGUGCAGCUCCAGGGGCAGCUGGAUGUGUCCCUUGCUGCCCAAGAGGAGCAACAGGGCUUGCAAGGAGAUUUCAAGGCUCUGCAGGGAAGAGAAGAGGCCCUGUCCAGAGAUGUGGAAGCACUCAGGACUGGGAGAAAAGCCAGGGAGGCUGAACAACAACUGCUCCAGGAAAGGUUGGCUACUGCUGAGGGCAAGAACAUAGAGCUCAUGGCCAAGUUAGACGGGGUUCUGAAUGAGAAAGGCCAGCAGGCAACCAGUUACUUUGAUUCAGCUCAAAAGAUACAUGAGUUGCUAGACAGAUUGAAAGAUGCAGAGAGAGGGAAGAUGGACGCUGUAGCUGAGGUAGAUGAGAAGAAAAGACAGGCAGAAAGGCUGGAGGACGAGCUGAAAGUGAAGGAGGCAGCUGCAAAGCAUGGCGAAGCAAAACUCGGAGCACUAGUUACAUCUGCGUCUGAGGAGAAGGCCAAGUUGGAGGAGAAAGUGGAGGAACAGCGCAGUGCCCUUGAUAAGCUGCAGGGGGCCUUGACAGUGAGAGAGAAGGAGACGAGCAACCUUCAAAGGCAACUGCAAGACUUCCAAAGAUCUCUAGAGGAGAAGGAGAAAGAGGUGGAGGAGGUGCAGAGGAAGGCAAACCAAGAUAAAGACGAAAUGCAGAGGAAUGCUGGUGGUUUAAAAGAGUCUUUAGAAGCAAAAGUCACUGCCCUUAAGGAGCAGCUCAAGAUGAAAGAGGCAGAGCUUACCUCCAGCUGCAAGACACUACAACAGCUAGAAGCCAAGAACCAAAGCCUGACCACAGGGAGGGACAAACUGACCACUAACCUUGUUGAGCUGGAAGGUAACGUGAGAGAACAAGCCACGAAGAUGGAAGACUACAAGAUGCAGUGCGGCAAUUUAAUGGAACUGAAUAAGAAACUGCUGACCACGGUGAAGAGAAGCGAGGAGCUGAAGAAGGAGAUGGCAGGAAACAGAACAGUGCUCGAAACUGAAUUAGCAGCUCUAAGAGCUUCUGAGAAACAGCUUCGUGGCCAGCUGGAUGAUACCAAGAUGACAGUGGAUGAUAAAGAGAAGCACUUGCGUGAGGAGAACCGCAAGCUGGAUGAGAGUCUGCAGCGAGCCACCAUGGCCACAAAGCUCUCUGAGGCCACGUCAAAGCGACUGGACCAGGAGAACCAGUGUCUGAGAGAUGAGCAGGACACUGUGAAGGCAGCUCUUAGCCGCAUGCAAACGGACCUGAAGAGUGUUCACGGGAAGAUCGGAGAGUUGGAGAAGAACUUAGGAGUGUCACGCAGGAAUGAAACAAGCCUUCAAGAACAACUCCAAGCCAAAAAGGCCCAACUAGAAAGUAAAGAGAAGAGCCUUGUUGAGCUGCAAUCCAGCUUUAAAUCUCUUGAGGCCAGGGAGAAGGAUCUUGAGGUUGCCAAAGCUGAUGCAGAAGCAACUUGUGCUAGACAGACAGAAAUGAUUGAAAGGGUCACCUCUGAGAACCAAGUGAUGGAGAAGUCUCAGCUGGAGAAGAGCACGGUCCAAGCAAAGGAGAACAAGGAAGUGACAGGCAAACUUGAAGACCAGUUGGAGGUGUGCAUGGCAGAUGUGUCCAGGCUCCAGGCAGAGAUCCUGGACCUCAGGGUGCGGGUACAGAGAUCCGAGGAGGAAAAGCUGAAGUCACAAGCACAGCUGGAGGUGACGGAGGCCCAAAGAGAUGAGCUCAGGACUCUGACCGAGCAUCUUAAAGCCCAGACAGAGGCACUGAAUCAAAGACAUGUAACAGAGCUCAUGGAGUUCAAAAAGAAAGAGGGGGCUCUCAUUGAACAGCGUGAUAGAGAAGUAGCCGCCCAUGCCGAGUUGUCUAUCUCUGCGGCUGCCCUCCGUGAAGAGCUGUCCACACUCAAGGCAGACAAUGGCAAGCUAUCCACAGAGAACAGCGAGACACGUGAGGGUCUACACAGGGCAAACACAGAGAUGGCGGAGCUUGGCAUGACCAUCUGUAAGCUAGGUGCAGAAAAGGAGGAGGCUAGAGAGCAUUGGGCAGGGGACGCUGCCAGGAUUGAAGAAAUGGAGAAAGAUGUUGAGCGACUAGAAGAGAGCAUGGCAGAACUACAGCUGGAGAAUGCCAAACUAAGAGAGGAGCUGAUAGAGAACAAGACACUUCCACAGAAUAUCAUGGAGCUCCAGGAGCAGCUGGACAAGGCCAAGAACCAAAUGCGGAGCGUCAAGGUCUCUAGCCGAGAGGAGGUGGAGGCCGCCAAGUUCCACAUGAGCUCGGAAAGCAUGAGUCAUCAGGUCCAGAUGAAGAGUGUUAACGAGCAGCUGGACAAGGUGAAAACCCAGCUGCAGGAGGAGCUGAAGAAUGUGUCCAGCUUCCAGGCCAAAGUGUCUGAACUAGAGGCUAUGAAUGAGAAGUACUUACAGCUAGCUGGCGAGAAAGAUGCUCACAUCACAAAGACAGAAACAACCAUUCGUGAGAGUGAGAGCGAGACUCAGCAGCUGAGAGAUGCAGUAACCAGCGCUGAAGAAGCACACUCGGCUGUGCAAAGUGUCUGCGAGGAACUGAAGCAGAAACUCGACACAACAGAAGCCGACAAACAAAGCGAGUGCAUGAAGAUGACCGCAGAGAUCGACGACCUCAACGCAACCAAGAGAAACCUUGAAGAGCGGCUCAUCGAGCUUAUAAGGGACAAAGAUGCUCUGUGGCAGAAGUCAGACGCUCUGGAGUUUGAGCAGAGGCUGCGAGCAGAGGAACGCUGGUGGUUAGUGGAUAAGGAGGCCACGCAGUGCCUCGGCUGCCAGGGCCAGUUCACCUGGUGGCUGCGCAGACAUCACUGCAGGCUUUGUGGUCGCAUCUUCUGCUACUACUGCAGCAACAACUAUGUGAUGACCCAGCACAGCGGGAAGAAGGAGCGCUGCUGCAGGGACUGCUACACCCAACACAGCGCGGUGGUGGAGAGGUUCACGGAGGCAGAGCUGAGUCCUUCAGACACUCAGCCUCCUCCGACGGGAGCCGGACCUCAGCCACCUCCUGAACCAGCCCCGUAUAAACCCACUCCCAGGGUAACAGUGUCAGACCCCAACAACAGAUCUGACGACGGAGUUUUUGACAUAAUCACAGAAGAGGAAGUGAAUGGCGUCUACGACAGUGACACCGUCUCCCAGACCACGGCGUGCUCCCUGGAGGGAGAACAAGACCGCCGGCCUCCAGGAGCACUGGAUAUAGGCACAGGAGACGUGACCCCCGAUGACCCUGAAGACCAUGUUCCCACCGUUCAGGAUUCAGAAAUCAACCUCCUCAAAUCAGGAGAAGUCACGAUGGCUGUCCCGCUCAGCAUUGACGAUAUUUCUCAGUUCGGUGACGGUUCCAGGGAACUCUUCGUCAAGUCCAGCUGUUACAGCGUGAUAACUGUUGCAGUGGGGGACUGUGGGCCGACCAUCAGCUGGAUGUUUUCCUCAGAGCCGAAGAGCAUCUCCUUCAGUGUGGUUUACAGGGAAUCCGCUGACGCUCAUGUGGAACAGUCGAAGGUCUUGAUUCCUUUGACUCGCUGCAGUUCCCAUAAAGAGACAAUUCAGGGACAGCUGAAAGUCCGAAACCCCGGCUUCUACACUCUCAUCUUUGACAACUCCUUCUCUCGGUUUAUCUCCAAGAAAGUCUUCUACCAUUUGACGAUGGAAAGGCCCAUAAUCUACGAUGGAAGCGACUUCCCCUGAAGCUGGACGCCUCCCACAGAGCCAUGAUGUCACUGUGGCAGCUGAAGGGACACUACAAGAUGGAGAAUUCAAUGACUAUACAUUUCUUUCAUCCUUUGUUCACAAAACCUGUUUUUAUCCAAGUAUUUAAUGUUUUCCAAAACGUUUCUGUAUUAUUUAAGUCUUGAGGUUUUGAGGCGUGUUCGUGUUUUAACUUUGGCCGAAGUGAAGUGUUUUUAGAGAGAAACAGGAAGACAAAUGUUUUGUCACACCAAGGGUUUAGCUGUUUGUUCAGAGUAAUUGUGUGAUUUUCUCAUUUCUUUCUUUAGUUGUCGUCUUUAGUUUUGCUCUGGCCUCUCUUUUCCCAAAUAUAGCUGUUGCAAAAAUGUAGGGAAUGCAGUCGUAUCAGCGUAUGAAAUAUGAUUUAAAAAAACAUUGUAGGUAUUUAUCUGCAAAAGCAAAAGAAGACCCAGGAAUAAAUCAUGGUCAGUUGUGCAGUCUUUUAAUUUAACGCUUUCGAAGCAGCAAAGUGCAGACGAGCUGUUUGUUUAUUAAUUGACUUCUCUGAACACUAUGUUUGCACUUUGGCAGCGCAGGAAGGAAAAAAAAUGACACUUUCAGUUUGAUAACAAAGCAUAUGAACUAUGUGCACAUCUCAGGAGUAGGACAGGGAAUUGUCCUCCAGUAGUAGCGUGUCCUAAUCUUUAUGUUUUUGGAAAAAGCAAAAAAACAAAGAGUAAAAACUGCCAUCUUACUUUCUGUGUAAGGAGACUACAAACCAGCUUCCUCCACCCAGUGUAUAGGAUGUGAUUAAGCAGAGUGCCUGCACCUACACAGGCUGACGUGUGUCAUUACAACGACAUUCACUAAAAGUAUUUAAAUGACUGUCAGCUAAUGAGCUGCUGUAUUUCUAAGUGCCUAUUAAGUCUGAUUGCCAGGGAUUAGUUUGCUUUUGCAUCUGCACAUGUUACUCUUUGUUAUCCGCGCAGAACAUGAAUCAAAACUUAGAUUUGAAUCACAAUAUGCACAAUAGCAUUUGCUUUUAAGUUUUAUAAGUUGAAAUGAUUUUUGAGUUUGAUUUUAUUUGAAUCUCUGGAACCUUUUUGUGAUACGUUUAGGUAACGCUCCGCACUGCACGCGGUGAUCAAAAGUGUUUCAGUGUCGAGCGCAAUAAGGAAGCUCACUCUUGGAUAUAACCAUACACUACUUAAUAAAGCAACCUCUGUGCUGCUUUUAUAGAAAUCUGUGUUCGCUUCACAGUCAAAGCUCUUAUAUUUUUCAUGAGUGUAAAUUCGGUGCAAUUUCUAUGCAAAAGCUCAUAUUUUCUGUACAGAGCUGCACUUUGUGAUAAUUGUUUUAUAAUGUGUUACAAACAUAUUAAAUCUGUUAAGUUUACAUUAUCUUUGUCAAAGUAUACACGCAGGGACAGACUUUUCUACAUGCUGUUUUUUGAAGGAUCGUAAGUAGAAUGUGCAUGAAGCAUCGCUCUCUGUAACAAGUAAUAGACCUGUCAAAUACCCAGUAAACAUGAAUAAAAUGUAAGAGUGAUGAUGCCUCCGACAUCCACAAA